UCGGAGUUGUGCUUCCAGAAGCCAGACAUCCCUGGGAGCAACUAAAAGCUGGAAGAGGCAAAAAGGAUUCUUCUCCCAGAGCCUCGCUAGUCCCCUGACUCAGCUGCUGGGGAAGGCAGCUCAGCAGUUCUCAGAGUCAGACGUGGACUUCGACCAUGUGACCGCUCUUGACGGGAAGCCACACGGAUGGAAACAGCUGCCUCGGGUAUGGAGUAGAGCGAGUUGGAUGUUAUAAAGAUUAUUGGCUUUGCAAGACUGCCCAGUUUUUCUCCUUGGCCCGUGAAAGUCUGCAGGAAGCUGCUUUCGAGGCGUAGGUGUGUUCUGGCCUCCUGCUGACCGUAGAUGUGAAUUCGGAAAAUUCGGUGAGAAAGUCCAGUUGCUCUUGAACUUCCUUCAAAUAGUGCUGUUUUUCCUCUGGACAUUCCAACCAGUAACCAGACUUUCGCUCACGUCCAUCCCUCUUCCUCAUUUCUCCUCUGGGUGACUAGAACAUUCUCCGCUGGCCUCUGCAUCCGUGUGGCGCCCACCCACGCAGUUCCCCACACCCUGAGCAGAGGGUGAGAUACCCCAGCACACACGAGAGCAGCAGUAGUGUCACAGCAAGUCCCAUGAGGCACCAGCUCUGCGCCAGGCACUGUUCUGAGCACCGCACUCGCUGUCUGCAGACGAUGACUUUGGAUGGCUCGCAGGGGCACGGGCCAGAGAAGGCACGUGGGGCUUCAGCAGCUCUCACCUUUUGCGCACACAGCAAGGACUUUCCUGGGCCCGGUGAAGGCAGCCAAGUUCGUCGUGGAUGCGGAGGGUCGUGAGAGCGUGUUGGCGAGCUCCGCAGUGAGGCUGCUGGAGGGCCUGGACCUGCCCGGGGCCACGGGGCAGCUUCUGAGCGAGGCCGUCCGAGCGCAGCACAGCUGCUACGGGACCGGGACCAGCACGCUCCUGCUGCUCGUGGGCGCGUGGAGCCGCGCCGUGGAGGAAUGUCUUCACCUGGGCGUCCCCACGCCUCUGAUCGUGUCGGGGAUGUCGGAAGGCUUGAGCUCCUGCAUCGAGGCCGUGGCUUCCCUUCAGUUACCGCUCCGAGAUGUCCUUGGCCGGGCAGGCCACACGGAGACAUUGCCUGGGCUUGAAUCGUUCAGUGUCAGUUUGUGUCCCUUUCCGCAGGUCCCUUCAGACGCUGGUUUGAUACCGAAAGGGUGUGACCUCAAAGAUGCUGCCUCUCAGGCGCUGACUGUUCCCAGUCUUCCCGGGAGGACCGCUCAGGCCCCGGGUGCAGCAGGUGAGGGCCUGUCACCCAGCCCCCCACCCCCGAGACGCGGUCAGCUGGCGGGCGGCCCCCGCAGAAGGUCCGCGCUCACCCACAGCCGGCACUGCCGUGGGCUGGCUCUCGAUCAGCCGACAAGCGGGGCAGCCGGAGCCCACUCCCGCGCCUGCAGCGACCUGGCGGAGCUGGCGCAGGGCCUGAGUCACGGGGACGGCGACAGCAUGCGGCUGGUGGCAGGAGCGGCCCGGCUGCAGCACCGGGCGGCCAGCGCGCACCGGGGUGGCCCGGCGGGGCCCUCCACCUUUGCCAUCUCCAGAGUCUUCACUUGUUGUUUGCCAGGUCUGCCCGAAACCUGCUCCUGCGUGCGCCCAGGCUACGUGACGGUUGUCUCGGUGCCCAGUGCUACCCUGCUCGAGGACCUGCAGAAGCAGCCUCUCCGGGUCCUUCUCAUGGAGGGCGACCUCACGGAGAACUACCGCCACCUGGGGUUUGACAGGUCUGCACACGUGAAACCCGUGUCAGAAAGCACGAAGAGGCUCCAGCAAGGCAGCCCGCAGUCCCCGUGGGCAGAUCACGUGUUACAGGUGUUAAUCGAGUUCGAGGUGCACCUGGUCCUGGUACACGGCCGCGUGUCCGAGCACCUGGUUGAGAAAUGCGCGCGCAGCCAGCGGUGGGCCAUCGGGUCGGUGGCGGGCAGUGUGAUGCAGGCCUUUGCAGAGGCGACGGGAGCCGUCCCGCUGGCCUACAUCACACAGGUGAACGAAGACUCGGUGGGCAGCGGGGUCUCUGUGACGGCCUGGAGACGUGUUCCCUCGGGUGUCGGAGACGGGGCCCGCAGAAUGGCCAUCGUGUUGACAGCAGAAGGCAUUCACUUGGUCACAGCAGUGCUCACUGGCCCAGCCACUGCGCAGAUGCAAAGCAGAGAAGACCGGUUCUGGACUUGUGCCAAUCGCCUGUACCAUGCGCUCAGAGAGCAAACGGUCUUCCUUGGCGGUGGUGCCGUGGAGUUUUUGUGUCUUAGCCAUCUUCAAGUUCUCGCGGAGCAGUCUCUGAAUAAAGGAGACCAAGUCUGUUCAGGAGGGCUUCAUAACACUUCCUCUUGGCUGGCCUCCUCCCUGGCACUGUACAGACCAACUGUGCUUAAGUGCCUGGCCAGUGGGUGGCACAGCUACCUUUCAGCUCUCGUCUGUAACACUGCCGGCUCCUCAUCAGAACCGGAAGCCCAGACUUUCAUUCAGUACCAUCUGCAACACGCCGCAGACUCUGGCUCGCCUUCAUCUUACAUCUUGAAUGAAUAUAGUAAACUAAGUAGUGGAGUUUUUCAUUCAGGCGUUUCAAACAAACUGGAACAGAUUCCAAGAGUUUAUGACCUUGUCACACCAAAGAUUGAGGCGUGGCGCCGGGCUCUGGAUUUAGUACUGUUAGUACUGCAGACAGACAGUGAAAUUAUUACUAGACUUGAACACACACAGAUAAAAUCACAGGAGUCAGAGGGCUUUUUAUUUUUGUAGUGGUAUUGGCUAAGUCUUUGGGAAAUAAUAUUUUGUAAUAUAUCAUGCUAAUAAUAAGGUUUCCAGUAGCCAAGUUAUCGUGACUAAAAUGAUAGCUGUACCAAGAAGAAAAUUAUCGCUGUCAAUAACUGCACAGGCUCUGAGAUUUUACCUUACAUGCUCACAAGUUAGCCUGUGGCUAUUUUAUGGGCUGCCACAGAAGACAUGAUCCACAGCAAAAACAGUAGCCAGAGCUUCGACAUGGUUUGUGUGAGUUCCCCAUCCCCCUAAGUCCCACGAGAGCAACGCGAAGGGUUAGUGGUGGAAGCCUGCACACACCGUGGGCUGUGUCACAUGACGGGAACACGCUUGGGAUAUGCAUUGCUUUCUAAUAAGCAGAGACAACCCUGUGUUUGUCCAAGGGGAGUUGUUACUGCAUGCCUCAUGGUCGCUCAGUGGGAGCAGAAGCCUGAGACACGGCUAAGGAUAGGUCAGGUCCUGGCGUUCAUGGCAUACCUAGAAAGUGUGCAGUGUUGCUCAGCGUCUCUAAAGACGGUCUCCGAAUACGGUCACAUUCUGAGGUCCUGGGAGGUAAGACUUCAACAUGUAAACUCGGGGGGCGGGGGAGAGUUCAGCCCAUGACACUUUAUUUCAGUCUUUGCAGCCUCUCUCUUCUCCACUUUAUUGAUGAGGAAAUGAGCUGUGUAGGUAAGAAGCUUGCCCAGGGUCUCACAGCUGGUUGGGUAGUAGAGCUGGAAUUUGAACUAAAAUUUCAUCUGGCUCUGAAGUCGGUACUUCUAAGCAUUAAUUGUGAUAUGAAGUUGUUGGGGUUGUUUUUCCUGUAUGGAAACAACAAUGAAAUAAGAAGAAAAGAGAAUGUCCUGUGUAUUUAUAGGUCUAACUUACAUUAUUAGAGAAUGUAAUUUGGUUAUCCUCAUACUUGGGUAAAAGAAUAUCAUCUUUGGUUUAAUGGUUAUCUUAAAUGUGAUCCCAUGAAAACCUUACACAGCUUAUCAUUCUGGUUAUAUAUAUUGCCUUGGUUGAAACUUAGAGAAAGAAUGUUGAAUGUUGAACUGUUUUUUAAAAUAAAGUAUAUUAUUUGACUUGAGUAGAUACUGACACUUACUCUCCUGUAUACUAUUGGCACUUAGUUUUUGUUCAAGUA